AUGUCCGACCAUGAGGUCCAACCGCCGGCAGAGAUGGUGCUAGAUGUUGCCACCCCGAAGGCCAAGGCAGGCAAGCGCAAGGAGAAGAAAGCGUCCUCGGAGACCAAACGCUAUGUCCGGUGGUGCGAUGAGAGUGUGGCGACACUCUUUCGCCUCCGUUACGACUCGCAUUUGGCAAAAAGGUUCGAGUCCAAGAACAACGCCGAGAAGAAGACGGCGUACGUGAUGUUGGCGGCGGAGCUGAGCGUCGCCAUGGAAAGCGAUUACACCGUGGCUCAGGUCCAGGACAAGUUCUCGAAAUUGAAGACAACGUGGGCCAUGACAAAGCCUUCGAACCCCAGCGAUACUGGGAACGCUCCCCUGGCCCCCUUGCCCCCCCAUUACGACAUUAUGUUGGAGUUUUGGGGGUCGAAGAAGGGGUACCAACGGGAAUCUCUCAUGUCUACCGACGCAAUUAUUUGGGCUGAUGCCACAAACUCUUCGGACGGUAGAAAUUUAUCGUAA